UUUUGGGAUACCAAUUUAAUAAUUUAUUAGCUACAACAUUUCAAAUUCAGUAUCUGAAGGUGGAGCAAUUACAAGUUGGAAGGAUGCAGACUACCUUUUCAGUGAAGAUGCUACCAGUCCUGAUACAAGAAGUGUCUGUCCAGGAAGAGGUGAAAGCAGUGGUCGGGAGAUUCAUUUGGGAGAAGGAGGAUAAUGCACAGGCUGUUGAUACCGAGGAUUCAGAUGACAAACUGGAAUUGGGCUAUGGGCAGAAGGAAGAGGACUCCAGCAGUGAUCACACAGACAUUAAUACUUGUCAUGAAGAACCCAUUCUGAAUACUCCAGCUACAUCAGAGAGACAAGGUGCACUGUGUUGUGAAGUACAGGACUACCCAAUGAAUAACAUGAUUACAGGAUAUGUCAGUAUUGAUAAACUGAGGAUAUUCUCCGGAAGACUGGAAGACUUCCUACCAGGUCAUUGUGGUUCUUCAGUCUAUAGAAAAAGGCGGUCUGCAGUAGAUUUGUCUUAAUGACAGAUUGCAAAUAUGAAGAUCACAGAGAUGUCGAAGGACAGCACUGUACCUUAUGGGUUGUUAAAAUGUCAGGAUUAGCAGGAUUGCUAGAGAGUGUGAUGCCUUUUCACAAUUUACAAUUUUUUGUUGAAUUAGAUUCGAUUUUUUCUUCAUUGUUAAAGGGUUAUUUAAUAAGCAUUUAGGGUAAUCGUACAGGAAUAGUAUUACCUUUAGGCAACUUCAAUCUUACCAGAAAAAGAAGAAAGAAAUGUUAUUAUAAUUUCAAUGGUUACGACAUUAAAUCACUGACCUGAAAGU